AUGUUCGCCCUUGUGCUGACCGCAGAGCUUACGGGCGUAACCAAUUUGCGCCCCGAUGAUACGCAAGACAACCCGUUCUGGUACAUGUUCAAGGUUCAGUGUACAUCUUGCAGAGAGACGCAUGAGAAUUAUGUUGGCGUAAACCGCUUCGAAACCAAUGAAAUGAGCGGCAGUCGGGGCGAGGCGAACUUUGUCUGGAGAUGCAAGAACUGCAAGCGAGAGUCAUCUGCGACAAUCAAGGCUGCCCCAUCGGCCUAUGAACAGGGAGAGCCCCCCAAGCCGCAAAAGGUGUUUGAGUUUGACUGCAGAGGUUUGGAGUUUACAGAGUUCAAGGCAGAGGGCGAGUGGUUGGCCGACGGAAUCGACUCCGGCACCAAGUUUACUGGAAUUGAGCUGAUAGAUGGGGAAUGGUUUGACUAUGAUGAGAAGGCGGGUGAGGAGGUCAGCAUCAAGGAGCUGGUGUGGGAAAUUAAGAGAGCGUAA